CAUUGGGCCGCGUAAACAGUCCGAUCAGCACACGACCCAUUUCAGUUCACUGCACCCCCAGCUUAUCUGAGUUUCCGAUGGAUAACCCGCCGUCGCCGGCGAUGACUGUCUCCGAAGUCGACGAUCGGCUGGUAGCCUUCCUAAAAUCGGGGAUUUAUCAACUCGACAACGCAAACGCCUUUUUCAUCGAUCCUGUUCGGGUUCUGAAUCGGUGCUACACCAGGUUUAGGGUUUCUCCUUCAACUUACUACUCCCGCUUCUUCCCCACUUUGAAUAAUUCUUCAGCUGAAAACCCCCAAAAUGCUUCAAAAAUCUCGAGGAAACGUAAACGCCGCGACAAAGAGAAGAAGAAAGACCAAGCUCUCAACCUGCGCGAACAAAUGGCCGAUAGACGCCACAAGGAGGUGAGAUUAGCGUUGCUGGAGGCGCACGAAGCCUUGCUCGGUGCUAAUCAGCUAUUGGAAACUUUAAGGAAUUUGAGAAAUGAUGGAGAGAAGAAUAAUGGAGGAUCGAUUUCGCAGGAGAGCGAGCUUGAUUUUGUGGAGUUAGGGAGCGUUUGGCAAGCUCCGUUGUAUGAAAUUAUUCUCAAGGUUCAUGAAGAUGACACAGCUGUUGAAAAUGCAGGUGUUGAGUCCUAUUCUCGAAGAGUGGCUCCAGUGUUUGACAAUCUGGUUGCCAAUGAUGGUAACAGUGACAUAGAGGCUGAAUUAUUGGACCACAAGUACAUUUUGCCGAAGCAAAGUUGUUUCUAUAUGUCCGAUCUCAGGCAGAUUCACACCCUCGUUCCUGCUGAAUCUGACUGUGGCUUCAACGUUAUAGUGAUUGAUCCUCCAUGGGAGAACAGCAGUGCACAUCAGAAACUAAAGUACCAGACUUUGCCCAACCGGUACUUCUUAUCUCUUCCUAUAAAGCAACUUACCCAUAGUGCUGGAGCUUUAGUAGCCUUGUGGGUAACUAAUAGAGAGAAGUUGCGGAACUUUGUGGAGAAUGAAUUAUUUCCGAAAUGGGGGGUGAAGCAUGCUGCCACCUUUUACUGGCUGAAGGUGAAAGCAGAUGGUGUCUUGAUUAGUGAACUGGAUCUCUUCCAUCACAGACCUUACGAGUGUCUUCUUCUGGGCUUUUCUCAAGGGAAGGAAAUGAAUUGUGAACAGUUGCUUAGACUGAAUAGCAUUCCAGAUAAUCAAGUCUUUGUUAGUGUUCCAGGAGAUUAUUCGAGGAAACCCCCAAUCGGAGAGUUGCUAUUGGAGUAUGCGCCGGGAUUGAAGCCCGCUCGGUGCAUCGAACUUUUUUCGAGGGAGAUGAUGGCAGGCUGGACCUCUUGGGGUAACGAACCCUUACAUUUCCAAGAUUCGAGAUACUUUCUUGAAAGUGAAUUAUAAUCGAAGGGAUUAGUCGGGGAAGAUUUACCAAUCCAUAGUAUUAAUUUCGGCCUCCCAUAAAGAUUAAAUACUUGCGCAAAAGCAUGAACACGAAGAACAAAUCAGUUGCUGAAAAGCAUGGACACGAAGAACAAAUCACUUGCUGCCAGUUGAUCAGUUGAUGGUACGUUAUUUAUUCAAUUUAUUACGUCGAUGGUGAGACUACAUCUAUACCCUUUAUUGAGUGUAGUACGUACGUAAUAUCACGCCCUAUUUUAAAUUAAAUUUUAUAUAUUGGAGCUGA